CGUGGCGCGGUGACGUCACUGCUCAUUAGCAUGCCCCGCCCCCGGACGCGGUCAGCGCCGGCGUCUCGGGAAAGUUUGUGCGGCCGGGCCGGGCCGGGCCGGGCCGGGAUGGACGCGCUCAAGUCCGCGGGCCGGGCCCUGCUGAGGAGCCCCAGCGUCCACAAACCGUCCUGGGCCGGCGGGCGGCACAAGAAGCUGCCCGAGAACUGGACGGACACGCGGGAGACGCUGCUGGAGGGGAUGCAGUUCAGCCUCAAGUACCUGGGCAUGACCCUGGUGGAGCAGCCCAAGGGAGAGGAGCUCUCUGCAGCUGCUGUCAAGAGGAUCGUGGCCACCGCAAAAGCGAGUGGAAAGAAGCUGCAGAAGGUGACACUGAAGGUGUCACCCCGGGGGAUUGUGCUGAGGGACAGCAGGACCAACGAGCUCAUCGAGAACAUCUCCAUUUACAGGAUCUCCUACUGCACAGCAGACAAGAGCCACGACAAAGUGUUCGCCUACAUCGCCCAGAACCAGCUGAGUGAGAGCCUGGAGUGCCACGCCUUCCUGAGCAGCAAGAGGAAAAUGGCUCAGGCUGUCACCCUCACCGUGGCCCAGGCCUUCAGGCUGGCCUUCGAGUUCUGGCAGGCAGCGAAGGAGGAGAAGGAGAAGAGGGAAAGGGCCAUCCUGGAGGCAGAAGGGACCAGCAGCCCCGGCUCAGGAGCUCCUGCACACCCUGGGACAGCAGCCAUGGGGAACUUGCUGGAUUUGGAGGACCCUGCCCGAUCCCCCCUGGGCAGCAGCACAGAGUCCCCAGGGCUGGACAGGAGCGGCUUCGGGCCCAGCCCCUCGGUCAACAACAACGUGGUGUGGGAAAUGGAUGAUGGUCUCGACGAGGCGUUUUCAAGGCUGGCCCAGUCGAGAACAAACCCGCAGGUGCUGGACACGGGGCUGACAGCUCAGGACAUGCAGGGGGCAGAGACCCUGUCCCCCCUGGACUGGAACAAAAUCGACGCCGGCGCGGCAGAGAAGGACGAUCUGUUCCUGUUCUGAGGGCAUCCACCAGGGAAAAACCACUCCCAGCCCCUGGCCUGCAUCCUUCUGGAACCAGGGAACCCCUCCAGGGCUCUUCAGCAGCUCAGAGGAUGCCACAGCCCAGUUUAGACCAAAGCUUCAGAAACCUAACGCGGAUUUUUAUACCUUGCUUUUUAUCUAAACCACGAGACGCUCUUGGACAUGUUUAUUCACAGUUUACAAGUGCUCCUGGGGGUGUGGGGGGCACCUGCACCCCCCGGGGGAGCUGCAGCAGUGCCUGUUCCCCCUGCAGGCCCCGCCAGAGCCCCUCUGGAGCUCCCCCAGCAAAGGGCAGGGCUGCAGACACAGCUCUGAGCGUUCCUCAUCCCCUCUGAGCAGCAUCACCUGCCUGGCUCUGCAGGGAGGGGUCUGCAGCAGGGUGAGAGCAGAGAGGGGCUUUGUGGCUUUGUGUGAGUGUCUGUGGCACUGUCACAGCUGUCACUCAGCCCCGGGCCCAGCCCUGCCCUCGCCGCUCCCUGUGGGGAUUGAGGCUUUAGAACCCAAAGACUCCACCAAGUUUUGCACUUUAGGACUCGCACUGACAGCAAUGGUCCGAAUUGUCAAGGUAAGCAGUGCCUGGAAGUUCUCCUCAGAAGCUAUUCACCCAAAAAGAACCCACCUGGCAAUGCUGCAGCUCUGCCUCACCUCGACAUCCCAAAGCUCCGGCGGCUUUAAACACAAAACCAGCAGGGAGGAAGGGUUUGUUCUGCUCAGUUCUGCUGGCAAGGGCGGCCUGGGAGGACCAGCAGCACCACAGGUCCUGUCCAGGAACUUGUUCCUGCCUCAGAGCCGUGUGAUUUUGCUCGCUGGGUGGGUUUGGGUCAGGCAGGAGCGGUCCCUGAGGGGCUCCCAGCCCUUCUCCCUGGCAGCCACAGCUCCCAGGGGCUCAGGAAGCUCCAGCUACCCCUGGAACUGAAAAUCAGACACGGAGGUAGGAAACUUAUGCUAAUUAAAAGAUUGAGUUUAAUGAUCCUAAAUAGUUGCACUGACACCUCGCAGUGUUUGUGGCCUUAUGUGAAGUGUACUAAUCUGUUUUAUAGAUUUGUAACUCGGGUUUGAAGCACUAAUUCAUUCCCCAGAUAGCUCUUUAGAACUCCCUUCAAACUGCUCACAGGAAGGGAAAAAACCCUCCCUGUCAGCUGUAAGGGUUCAUUAGGAAGCAGCUGAGUGACUCUGACUUAGAUUGGAGAUAUUUUUUCCCCCCAAGUGUGAGUGUGAGAAGGUGUUGAGGACUCGUGGCGCUGACUCAUCAGGGCCCUGAUCAAACCUGUGCUCUGUGGGUGCUGCAGGGGGGAGUUGGAGCAGUUUUCGUGUGCCCAGGGCUGCCCUGAGCCCCGGGGAUGGGAGGGAUCAGCAGGGCUGGGGCUGCAGGCACAGGGCACACACAGGGCCAGCAGUGCCUGCAGCCAGCCCUGAAAUCCCCAAAAACCAGGGUGGGGUGUGAGGAUUUCUGUGUGCAUUCACCUCUCUCCUUUCCUAGAGACUCCCAACACCCUCCGUGUGUCUGGAGUGGUUCUUUUUUAAGAAGACCUGACGCUGUAAAGAAUAUUCUGUACUGAGGGGAAUAAAAACUCUGCCAUUUUUUGGAGCCUCCUCCAUGCUGGGUAACUUAAUUUUUUUAUUUUUCCCUGUGGUUCC